AUGGUGUCGCUCGCCUCUACCAAUCGAGCUCCCGGCGUCAUCGCCCCCAGCGUCGGUAGCAGCCUUAAGCGCAAACUCAACUCCAGUCCCGACAGCAAGCAGCAGCUCUCGAGUCAAGCGAAGCGCCGCCGAGUCACAUUUGAUCCCGAAGUCGAUAUUCAUAUUCUCGCCGACCCGAACGAGAAGAGUCAAGAGCUGGUGGGCGAGGAGGUCAGUCGUGCAUUGGAAAAGCAUGCCGCCGGCGACGCGACCGGCUACGACGUGUUGCGAAGCUUGUUCACAGCAAGGCCCACUUCCUCAGACGCACCCUCCACUGGACUGCUUCACAAAUAUGUCAUCGCCCUCACCAACAACGUUACCCAUCUUAAAGCUAGCCGCGGCUUGGUACACGCCGUCCUCGACUGCCACUGGGUUGCACGAAACGAGAACUUUGUGCGCUCAUACCGAUAUUUUCUGCGGUCACUGGUACAAUCUGACCCCGGCUUCACCUCUGGUAUCCUCGCCAUGCUGGUGAACUUAUUCGUGGAGCCGCCAUCGCCGAAGAUGCGGCAGGAGGACGACCCGCCCAUCCAGCGGGCACGACUACAGACCCGGGUGCACGAUGCUUUACGAUAUAUUGUACGCGCGAGCCCGAUGACGAGCACAUACCUCCAACCGGUCCUCAACUCCACGUUCCCGUUCCCGACCGAUACAUCCAAAGCACACACGGAUUACAUCAGCAAUGUUCUCAAAGUUGCAGAAUACUGCCCCGAGCUGAAGGGAGCUAUACUAUCACUUGUCAUGGACAAGCUUGUGAAGAUCGAUGUCCAAAUCCAGGUCGAUAUGGAGGAGCUUGACGAUGACUUGGAAGAUCAGCUUAUCGAGGACUCGGUUCGCGAUGAUCUUGAUGACGAUGAUUACGAUAGCGACAACGAGUCGGUGUCGAGUGAAGAAAGCCUGGAUGAAGAGGAGCGCCGCGUGAAAGAGAUCAAAGAGUCGGUCACCAAGCUGGACAAUAUCAUGUUCCUCCUCUUCAAGUACUACGAUUCUAUAUGGGAGAAGGGCGAUCUUUACGAAAUCGACGUAACGUACCAGAGCCUCCUCUCACAAUUCUCCAGCAUCAUACUACCCACGUAUCGCUCACGUCAUACACAAUUUCUCCUCUUCCACUUCAGCCAGAUGUCUCCCGACCUCAUCGAUCGCUUCGCUGGCUGCUGCUCCCAAUUAGCUUUCGACCAAACCCGGCCUCAGAUCCUCCGUGUCGCAGCAGCUGCCUACCUAGCAUCUUUCAUCGCGCGUGGAGCACACGUACCCGGCUCCACCGUUCGCGAUGUCUUCGACCUGCUUGGAUUCCACCUGGAGACAUUACGACAGCAACAAGAACCCACCUGCAAAGGCCCUGACCUCCGACGCUACGGCACAUACUACGCCAUCUCGCAAGCCCUCCUCUACGCCUUCUGCUUCCGCUGGCGUGACCUCAUCGAGACGCCCGACGGCCGGCCGCCCACAGACCAGGAAAUCGUCUACCACGAAGGCGACUUCACCUGGUACGGUUCCGUCAAGGAGACGCUCUACAAGAACGUCUUCUCGAAGCUCAAUCCCCUCAAGAUCUGCGCUCCAACCAUCGUACAGCAAUUCGCGCGCAUCGCACUCCACCUGCGCUUCAUGUAUGUCAACUCGCUGAUCGAGACAAACAAGCGGAUACGACUGGCAAGAGUCGUUGCCGUGGGCUCGCGGGAGACGGCGCUCACGAUGAAGAAAGGCGAGGAGGGCUUCUUGCUUGACGCGUACUUCCCGUUUGAUCCGUAUGUGCUGCCGAGGAGUAAGAAGUGGGUGGAGAACGACUACGUGCAGUGGAAACCUAUUCCUGGGAUGGAGGUGCCGCGGGACGACGACGAUGACGAGGAAGAAGAGGAUAGUGACGACGAUGUAGACGAUGAUGAUGACGAUGAAAGCACGCUGGACCUUCCUGUCGCCGCUGUCGGAGGUGUACCUGAGGAGGAUCUCGACGACGGGACCGAUGCGAGCUCGUCAUAG